GAAUUUAUUUUCUGCUGAAGAGGAUACCUCUAACUCCACAUUGUUCUUCACGGGAGCCAGGUUUCAUCCCUAAACCUCAUACUUCAACGAGUCCGAAAGUGUAAAAGGCAGGCGUACAAAUGUCUACCACAAGACUAAAGUGUGCUAUGUUAUGUUUUUUACCAUAAGCACCCAUAAAAUGAGCUCCAUUGCAGACAGAAAUGACGGAAGCAUUUUUGAUGGGCUGGUGGAAGAAGAUGACAAAGAUAAAGCAAAAAGAGUGUCUAGAAACAAGUCCGAAAAGAAACGUCGAGAUCAGUUUAAUGUGCUUAUCAAAGAGUUGGGUUCCAUGCUUCCAGGUAAUGCUCGGAAGAUGGACAAAUCCACUGUGCUGCAGAAGAGCAUUGACUUUUUACGGAAGCACAAAGAAAUUACUGCACAAUCAGACGCCAGUGAAAUUCGACAGGACUGGAAACCAACAUUCCUUAGUAAUGAAGAGUUCACACAGUUAAUGUUAGAGGCUCUUGAUGGUUUUUUUUUAGCAAUUAUGACAGAUGGAAAUAUAAUAUAUGUGUCUGAAAGUAUAACUCCCUUACUUGAACAUUUGCCAUCUGAUCUUGUGGAUCAGAGUGUAUUUAAUUUUAUCCCAGAGGGGGAGCAUUCAGAAAUUUAUAAAAUAUUGUCUUCUCACCUGCUGGAAAGUGAUUCCUUGACACCGGAAUACUUAAAAUCAAAAAAUCAGCUAGAAUUCUGUUGCCAUAUGCUGCGAGGAACAAUAGAUCCAAAAGAGCAACCUACAUAUGAAUAUGUAAAAUUUAUAGGAAAUUUCAAAUGUUUGAAUCAUGUUCCCAACUCAGCGCACAAUGGUUUUGAAGGAACUAUUCAGAGAUCACACCGGCCUUCAUAUGAAGAGAAAGUUUGCUUUGUAGCCACAGUUAGAUUAGCUACACCUCAAUUUAUCAAGGAAAUGUGCACUGUUGAAGAACCCAACGAAGAGUUCACAUCUAGACACAGCUUAGAAUGGAAGUUCCUAUUCUUGGAUCACAGGGCACCUCCAAUAAUAGGUUAUCUUCCAUUUGAAGUUUUGGGAACAUCAGGCUAUGAUUAUUAUCAUGUGGAUGAUCUAGAUAAUCUGGCAAAAUGUCAUGAACAUUUAAUGCAAUAUGGGAAAGGGAAGUCAUGUUACUACAGAUUCCUUACAAAGGGACAGCAAUGGAUUUGGCUGCAAACUCACUACUAUAUCACGUAUCACCAGUGGAAUUCCAGGCCAGAGUUUAUUGUCUGUACGCACACUGUUGUAAGUUAUGCAGAAGUUAGAGCAGAAAGACGACGAGAACUUGGUAUUGAGGAAUCUCUCCCAGAGAUAACAGCAGAUAAAAGUCAGGACUCUGGGUCUGACAAUCACAUAAAUACAGUGAGUCUCAAAGAAGCACUGGAAAGGUUUGAUACCAGCCCCACACCUUCUGCUUCCUCCAGGAGUUCAAGAAAAUCUUCACAUACUGCAGUAUCGGAUCAUUCAUCAACACCAACUAAAAUGACAGUGGACACUAGCACUCCUCCAAGGCAAGGCUUAUCUGGUCGUGAAAAGACUGCACAAAGAAGAUCAUCUCUGAGCAGUCAGUCUUUAAGCUCACAGUCUCUCGGACAACCAGUAACACAGCCAGCAAUAUCUCAGCCUGCAACUUUACAGCUCCAGUCUGGAAUGACUCAGCCUGUGUUUCAGUUUUCAGCUCAAUUGGGAGCUAUGCAGCAUCUAAAGGACCAGCUAGAGCAAAGAACUCGCAUGAUAGAGGCAAAUAUUCAUCGGCAGCAGGAAGAGUUGCGUAAGAUCCAGGAGCAGCUUCAAAUUGUUCAUGGCCAAGGACUCCAGAUGUUCUUGCAGCAGUCAGCUUCUGGACUCAACUUUGGUUCUGUGCAGCUUCCUUCUGGAAAUUCUUCAACUGUUCAGCAGCUUACACCAAUAAACAUGCAAGGUCAAGUUGCUCAGACUAAUCAGACUCAAAGUGGGAUGAACACGGGCCAUAUAAAUACUCCACAUAUGAUACAGCAGCAGCCUUUGCAGAGUACUGCAACACAGCAUAAUCAACAAAAUGUACUUAGUGGACACAAUCAACAGUCUUCUCUUGCCAGUCAGUCACAGAACACAGUCUCAGCACCUUUGUACAACACUAUGGUGAUUUCUCAGCCAACAGCAGGAAACGUGGUGCAGGUUCCCUCUAGCUUAUCACAGAACAGCAACCAGAAUGCUGCUGCAGUAACCACUUUUACACAGGACAGACAAAUCAGAUUUUCUCAAGGUCAGCAACUUGUAACAAAACUUGUCACGGCCCCAGUAGCAUGUGGAGCAGUAAUGGUACCAAGUACUAUGUUUAUGGGACAGGUGGUGACAGCUUAUCCCACUUUUGCUGCCCAACAGCAGCAGACACAGACUUUGUCAAUAACACAACAGCAGCAGCAGCAGCAGCAACAGCAGCAAAGUCAGCAGGACCAUCAGCAGCAGCUCACCACCGUGCAACAACCAGCUCAGUCACAGCUGACCCAGCACCCCCAGCAGUUCCUACAGACAUCCAGGUUACUUCAUGGAAAUCAGUCAGCUCAGCUUAUUCUCUCUGCUGCUUUCCCACUACAACAAAGCACUUUCACUCAGUCCCACCACCAGCAGCAUCAGUCUCAGCAGCAGCAGCAGCAGCAGCUGUCACGACACAGAACUGACAAGAUGACUGAUCCUUCCAAAGUCCAGCCACAGUAGUGUGGGCGCUGCCUCUUUUUGAAGCAAACUGCCAGGAGGGGCUGCCCCACAAACAGUUGCACUGAAGCUACAGAGGUAACAGUAUGAAGGCUUUCUAGCACUGUGGUGUUGAGAUCUACUUCUAACUUCUGGAAUCUGUUAAGAAAAGCCACAAGAUGAUGACGGGGACAUGGCCAACUUUGAGCGUUGCCCCAGUUUCUGUGUUCUAAAGGAUUUGCUGCCAUGUUGUAAUUUGUCCAGGUGAAAUCUCCAAAUGUGACUGAAAAGAGAGUGAUGCUGAAAAUAUUGGUAUUUUUAUCAAUCCUGUACAUUUUUAAAGUAUUAAAAUGGACAUGGAGCAAUUGUUUUGAAUUAGCAGGAAAAAAUGCCAGAAAUAUAGUCCAAAAACCAUCUAAUUUUUUUUCAGAUGAUUACAGGACAGUAAAUAUUUUGAAAAUGUUGUGUGAAAUCCAGUUCUCUGUUGUACAGAUGCUGUAAAAUAUUGUGUAUAUGUCUGCAUAAAAGGAGAAAGAGCAAAAUAUUUUAUAUGAUGCAUGAAAAUGUAAUCUGUUAUUUGUAGGUUUGAAUAUGUUUCCCUAAAUUCUCACGCCAUACUCAGACUAAUGUUUUCCUCUGUUCUACCCUUUUGUUUACAACAUGAUGCAUCAUUAUUUUCACCCUUAAUGUGGGCACAAGUCUCUUGUUUGUGCUUUGUCUGUGAUGUCAGGGUUUGUUUGGUGAGGUAUAGUGUGUUGGUUAGUUGACUGCUUGAAGUUAAAUUAUUGAUGAAGCUGUUUGAACUGGUGAUCAUGCAUCAGGGUUCAGGACAUUCAGAUUCAUAAAUAUCAUCCAUCAUUUCAUAAUGAAUUCAUCAUUUUAUUUGAAAAAUAGGAAUUUGCACUGCUUUCUUGCGGAUGGUUUGGAAUUUUAUUCCCCAAAGCUAUCUUUUGAUAUAGUUCAUAGUUGGAAAUAUUUAUGUAAAAGGUUUAAAAAAAAUGACAGUAAUUUUCAAGAAUGUUUCAGUUAUAGGAGUAAUUUGCACAAAAAUAUAUUUACAUUUAAUAACCUUUUGGGCACUUUUUAACCACUUUCUCUGUGGUGAGAAUUGUAACUUGUUAAACCAUGUUGGAAUCUUUUUAUUCUCCUUCAAAAAUUAGUCAGAACUAAUUCAGGGUCAUUUUAACAACAACAACAAAACCCAUAGUGCCUUGAUUUUAAUUCAGGUGAUAAUGUUGAACAUCUUGAAUUACAGUGUCUUGAAUCUGUAACCAUUUUCAAUUUUGAAGUCUUAGCACAUUGUCAACCAAACGUGUGUAUCUACUUCAUAGAUAUUUCUGUAUUGUGUUAAUUUUAACAGUGGUCUGAGUUGAGACCAUGAAUAUUUUUGACUGGUACUCCCCCUCAGACAGUAGCCAGAAAUACAGAGUCUCAAAAAUCUCAGAUCUUUAAGGUAAUACUCUUAAAAAAAAAA